UAACAUGGGAACGAUACCGAAAGGCUUUAAAUACAUCCAGACGGUCCCUUUUUUCUUGAAGAUAGCAGAAUUUGUUAUACUGUUGGUUGCGAUUGGCACACUGUGAAGAUUUUUGAACAAAAUAGACAUUACUUCAGAAAGAAGUCGAUUAGAUUUUGGAAUGUUUGCCGUUGUCGUGUCAUGGAUUGUUGUCGUUAUAAUGGCCGUUCUCUUUGUUAGUGGACUACAUGAAAAAAUUAUCAUCAUUAACUUGCCUUUGACGGUAUUUAUCAACUUGGUGAUAUGGGCUCUGAUGCUGUUCAUAGCUGGUUGUUUCAUAGCUGAUACUGUUCGCCAGUAUGAAGAUAAGAAUAUCUGUUAUUGGCUGAAAUUUGCCAAAUAUGACGCAAGAUUCGGGCAUCUCAUUGAUGCUACGGUUUGCUGUUUCAUUGCAAGCAUUCUUUUUGCAGUUGAUGCUUUCUUCAACUUCCGGAUACUUAGAGGUCAAAGUCACACAUCUUCGACUAAGGCCUCUGCACAUGCAACGACUUCCACAUAGGGUGAUCAAACGGUACUUUUCACCAGCGGUUUACUUGAAUGUUUUAACGGUUCUUUUUGACAGCGGAUUGAAUUUUUGCCAUAUUUUCUUUGACAAUUAAAGCUUCGUUUAUUAUCAUAGAUACACACUGAUUAUAUAUAAGGUGUCAUUUUCAACUUCAUUUGUUUUACUUUUAUGUAACAGUAGUUUUAGCAUGCUUUUUUUACUCAAAUAAAACGUGAACA